AAAAAAAUCAAAACUCUCUUUAUUUUUUCCCAAAAUAGAAUGAGAAAUUCUCUGUGAAAUUUCUCAAUGCGAUAAAUUCGAUCGAACAACGUUAACUUUCCAGAUCGAUUCAAUCUGGAAGACAGAAACUAGGGCUUUUUUCAAACACGCAUAAGCUAUGGUUGAAGCGGAGCGCGCGCCAACUCCUUGGUUGGCUUCGGACAUGGCGGUAUCGUCUGUGGCGGCGGAUUUCGAACGCAGUGAUCUUCCCGUCGGUGAUUCGACGCCCGAUACGAGAGACGAAAGAGGGUUUGAUACUAUUCGGUCUCGUAUACAUUCACGGCCUCAGCUUGAGAAGAAUACGUCGGAUGACAGAUUAGGGUUGACGGAGAGAGUUCUUUCCGCCGCCGGGGCUGCGUUUUUGUCUGCUGUCAUUGUAAACCCGCUUGAUGUUGUAAAGACAAGGCUGCAAACGCAAGCUGCCGGAAUUUCUUACUCUCACCCUCUUAGUAACGCCAUUGGUCGUAUGGCGUUGUUUGGACCAAACAUGAUGUUUAAGGAUUUGAGGUGUUCGCCCUCAUGUUCACGCGCUGGUGUUCAUGGUACUGUAUCCAUUUGCCCGCCCGACUGUUUCCAGUACAAAGGAACACUAGAUGUCUUCAACAAGAUCAUACGACAGGAGGGACUGGGAAGACUGUGGAGAGGGACUAAUGCCGGUCUUGCCCUGGCUGUACCUAUGGUCGGGAUUUAUCUUCCUUUCUAUGAUCUGUUUCACAAUCGGUUGGAAGAAUUAGCUGGCCGGCAUGCACCUGUUGCCACUCCAUUUACGCCUCUCAUGGCUGGAGCAUUGGCAAGGUCACUAGCUUGUACAAUGUGCUAUCCAAUUGAACUUGCAAGGACGCGAAUGCAGGCAUUUAAAGAAGCAAAAGCUAGUGUGAAGCCCCCAGGUGUUUUUAAAACUCUAAUUGGUGUUGUAUCUGAAGUGAAGGCCACAAAUAACCAUGAAAAUAGUUUGCAAAGGUAUCGUGUUCUAUGGAGAGGCUUAGGCGCACAACUUGCUCGUGAUGUUCCAUUCUCCGCAAUUUGCUGGGGGACCCUUGAACCUAUAAGGAAGAGGCUUCUCGGGCUUGUGGAUGAAGAAAAUGUUCUUGGUGUGCUUGGUGCAAAUUUCUCCGCCAGUUUCGUAGCUGGAAGUAUGGCUGCAGCUGCUACGUGUCCGCUCGAUGUUGCAAAAACAAGAAGACAGAUAGAGAAGGACCCUACUAGGGCAAUGAGAAUGACGACACGACAGACACUUGCGGAGGUUUGGAGGGAUGGAGGAAUGAGGGGACUGUUCACAGGAAUCGGACCACGAGUGGCGCGUGUAGGACCAUCGGUCGGAAUCGUCGUGUCUUUCUACGAGGUGGUGAAGUACGUUCUACAUCGCCAGUACGCGUCUUCCUCCGGGCACACGAGUUGAGUUUCUGAAGACAUGAUCGACCGAGUAGAUUCAGAACACAGUAAGAAGUUUCGAGUUCACGAAACUUAACACACGCUUACUAAUCACAUGACUCUGGAGAAAACCCAGAAACGCAAUAAGCUUUUGGCAACUCUUUUUGUUGUGGAUAAGGUUCGUAGGACAUUAGGGUUUAGGGGGAGAAAAGGCAAAGAGAGGAAGGGUUACGUGAGUGUCAAGUAACCGUUAUCUGCUCUGUUUAUGAGCAUAAGGGGAUUUUUGUUUCGCGGAAUUGUUGGUUUUUUUGCUGAGACUGUCUCAGUUCUGCAUUUUUUGUCUGCAUGUAGUUUUUUCAUAAAUUUUUAAAC